AUGUCGAGCGCAAACGCUGGGGCCGGUGUAUCCGGCACGGCGGCCUCGCACCCGUACACGUGUAACACGUGCCAGGUUGCGUAUCGCAACAUCGAGCUGCAAAAGGCCCACAUGAAGAGCGACUGGCACCGGUAUAACCUCAAGCGUCGAGUCGCCUCCCUGCCGCCGAUCUCGUCGGAAGUCUUCACGGAGAAAGUGCUGCAGGCGCGGGCGACGUCGACGGCCGAGGCAGAAAAGGCUUUGUUCGAGCGAUCGUGCAACGUCUGCAGCAAGACGUACUCGAGCGAGAACGCAUUCCAGAACCACCUGUCGAGCCAGAAGCACAAGCAGAACGUUUCCGCCGCCAGCCAGCAGCGUGCCGAUGACGAGACGACGUCGGUCGUCAGCUCGACCUUUUCGUUGGGCGAGCCGACGGCUGUCGCCAAGGACGCCGUCGACUCGGAAGCCGAGGAUGAGUUCAACCAGGUGAUUGAGAGCCUGCAGAGCGCCAACCUCGCGCAGCAACGCCCUUCUCCCGUCAAGCGUCCGACCAACCCGCGGCCGGUGGACGAGGCGGGGCAGGACGGCGCGGCGGCCGAGGACAGCGGGUCGACGACGACGGGGGUCCCGGAGCCGACGUGGACGGUCAACUCGUGCCUGUUUUGCAACUACGACUCGCCGACGGCACCGCUCAACGCGAGCCACAUGGAGCGUUUCCACGGCAUGUUCAUCCCGGAGAAGACGUACCUCGUCGAUCUCGAAGGCCUCAUCAAGCACCUCCAGAGGCAGGUUCGCGAGUACCACGAGUGCCUCGACUGCGGCAAGAUGAAGUCGACCGUCUUCGGCGUCCAGACGCACAUGCGCGACAAGGGUCACUGCAAAAUCCCCUUCACGUCGGAGACGGAACAGCUGCGCAUUGGCGACUUUUACGACUUCAGAAGCACCUACUCGGACGGCGAGGACGACGACGAGUCGGACGAGGAAGCGGCCGACGGCGGCGCCAAGCUUGGCACGAGGCGAGCGGAGAAGACGGCGACGACGAGCGCCAACGGCGCCGGCGCGGCCGACGACGGAGAGGGCUGGGAGACGGACAGCUCGGUCUCCUCGCUCGACUCUGCCGACCUUACGGCCGUGCCGGCCGAGGGCCACAUCCACCAGUUUGAGCGGCUCAGCAAGCACCCGCACCAUUCGCGCAACGACACGAGCAGCCGGCACCAGGUCGACGGCUGGCAUUCUCGGGCCCACAAGCACACUCACGCCGUCUUUUACGACGAGCACGAACUCCACCUGCCGUCGGGCAAGUCGGUGGGACACCGUUCCCUGAACAAGUACUUCCGCCAAAACCUCCACAGCUACCCGACCGCCGAGGAGCGGGCGGAGCAGGAGGAGAGGCUCGCGAUCGAGGGAGUCGGUUCGGACGACGAGGAGGAGCAGGAGCGACAGCUUGCUCGCCGGCAGCAUCGGGUGAGGGACGUGGUGUCGCGCGAUGCGCAGGGUAUGGCUGGCGUGUCGGACCGCGGCAGGCGACAGGUGCGCAAGGAACAGGAGCGUGGCCGCGACAUGGAGAAGAAGCAUGCGAAGAGGAGAGAUAUGCGGCUGGGCAUCGCGGCGAACAACCAGAAGACGUACUACUACCGCUACGACGGCGGCGGUUAG